CUUUUUGUAGCAGACAUUUUAUUUUAUUUUAUUUUCAUUAAAAAAAAAAAAACUGAAAAGAAAGAAUAACAUAGCAUAGCAUAGCAGACAUGAUUAGAUUUUAGACCAAAGACUCAUUCAUCGUUUGACAUUUCCACCAAAUUUCCAACAUCUAUAACUUCUUUUGCUUCAUUUCUUCAUCUUCCAACAAUUUUCUCCUAACUCAAACAACUCUAAGAUGAAGACUCGCGCCUCUACCAAAAUCUCUGCAAAAUGGAUUCCAAUUUUCUCUCUCUUUUCCUUCAUUCUUGGCAUGCUCAUCACAACCAGGAUGUGGGAGCAACCUGAAUCAAAUGGUGUGAUAAUUUCUAAGCAUCAGCGAGAUCAAGAACUUCAAGUGGUUUCAGAGGAUUGUGCUACCAAAAAGAAGCAGGAAAAGCCUAAGGAUGAGAUGAAUGAAUUGUACAAAACACAUGAAGCUAUUCAAGCCCUAGACAAGCAAGUUUCUAUGCUGCAGAUGGAAUUAGCAGCAGCUAGAAGUUCUCGCGAAAACAACUCGAAUGGCUCGGCCACCACUUCCGGCAAAGGUGCUUCCAAGAAGAAGGCAUUUAUAGUGAUAGGUAUAAACACAGCUUUCAGUAGCAGAAAGCGGCGUGAUUCGGUUAGAGAAACUUGGAUGCCUCAAGGUGAACAACUUCUUCAAUUGGAACGGGAGAAGGGAAUUGUUAUCAGAUUCAUGAUUGGCCAUAGUGCAACUUCCAACAGCAUUCUAGAUCGAGCCAUUGAUUCAGAAGAAGCGCAGCACAAAGACUUCCUUCGGCUGCAACAUGUUGAAGGGUAUCAUGAGCUUUCUGCAAAGACAAAGAUUUUCUUUUCUACUGCGGUCGCAUUAUGGGAUGCUGAUUUCUAUGUCAAAGUGGAUGAUGAUGUUCAUGUCAAUUUAGGUGUCCUAGCAGCAACCCUUGCUCGUCAUCGUUUAAAACCUAGAGUCUACAUCGGGUGUAUGAAAUCUGGACCUGUUCUUUCUCGAAAGGAUGUCAAGUACCAUGAACCCGAGUUUUGGAAGUUUGGAGAAGAGGGGAACAAAUACUUUCGACAUGCAACCGGACAAAUAUAUGCAAUCUCUAAGGAUUUGGCUACUUACAUUUCCAUUAACCAACCGAUUUUACAUAAAUAUGCUAAUGAAGACGUCUCACUUGGUUCAUGGUUCAUUGGUCUUGAAGUUGAGCAUAUCGAUGACCGCAGUAUGUGCUGUGGAACCCCUCCAGAUUGUGAGUGGAAGGCACAGGCAGGUAACAUAUGUGUUGCAUCGUUCGAUUGGAGCUGCAGUGGAAUCUGUAAAUCGGUGGAGAAGAUUAAAUAUGUGCACUCAAAAUGUGGUGAAGGAGAUGGAGCCGUUUGGAGUGCUUUAUUCUAAAUUUAUAUCCAAAGGAAGAUGAUUUUUUUUUCUGGUCAUAAGAGGAACUGAUUGUUCAAAUUGUGGCUUGAACAUUUCGGAUUUGAGAAUGAGAAUCCUCUGCAAAUAGAUAACAAUUCAUCAGCCAUUCAAAGAUUAGAGACAAGGCUGGUUGAUCAUUUUUGUGGAAGUCAAUAGCUGAAGUUAACAAAUGCAUGAAUGUGGAGGAUUUAAGUAUGGGGUGGGGGAUAUGAGAAUUAUACAGGUUCUAUAUAGGACAUUUAAUUUAAUUAGGCCUAUUCUAAGAUUAUUAAUUUGUUUGUUCAUUUUAUAUAUAUAUACACUUAUGUGUUGUGUGACAUAUUGGCCUUUUGUUCUUUGUAACGAAAAGCAGCAAUGUUUUGGUAGAUUUGAUAGUAUGGUUAAUGUUAUAAAUGUGAUGCAAAGAAAAAUUCUCUUAUCCCCUCACACAAAUAUAAAACUCCACUCAUUCCGUUUC